AUGCCACGUGGAAGAUUGACCACUAGUGCCCGCUCAGACAGCAGUGAGGUGGAUAUUGAUGGUACAGAAUCAGAGAUAGCCAAACUGCAGAGACAGUUCAGGAUCAUGGAAGGAGAUCGGCAGGUCUACAACAUUCAGGCCCGGGAGCAGAUCCGCAAACAACAGCAGGAGGUAGAGAAGCUGCUGAAGGAGAAGGAGGACCUGCAUAGAAACCUCGGUGCAUGUAAAAGCUUGUCACGCCAACAGCAGGACAGUGAGGACACUCAGAGUCUUCAGGCUCUGCUGGAGCAGAGAGACGCGCUAGAGGAGGAGCUGUGGAGAGAGAAGCAGUGUCAAACAGAGCUAGAGAAGGAGAUAACAAAAAUGGAGUUGAAGCUGGCAGAGUUGAGAAAAGGGGAGGUCAGUACUGGGGACACACAGAAGUCUGAGUUACAGCGGACUCAGAAGGCCAUACGCACUCUGGAAUACAAACUGGACAGAUCCUUGACACGCUUGAAUGAGCAGCUGACUAAAAACAGCCACCUGAGAGAGGAGCUCCAGACACUUCAUAUUGAGCGCAUCCGUUUCCAGCAACUGCACAACAAUCUGCACAAGGAACUUUACGAUGCCCGCAAGAAAAUUGGGGAAGUUGUCAACCUGUCCUCUGUUGCCUACGAUGCCAGGGUGGAGGCUCAGUCCAAGAUGACCAUGAUAAGGGAGAAGGCAGUGAAGGACCUCGCCCAGUACAGCAUUGAGAUGAAGGAACUGGAGAGGGUUAUUGCACAUGAGUUCAGCCUGAAGGAGUUUAUGACCACCAAGUGCAGCGAGAGGAGCGGGCAGGAUGACGGCCAUGAGAUGGGACACAAACUAUUGUCAGAGAUGAAGGAGCAGAGGAGAACGGACUCGGGGGAAGAGUCGCUGGAUGCUCUAGAGGAGGUGUUUGAGAGGAUCCAGACAGUGACAGGGGAGGACAACCUGGACAUGCUGGUCACCAGGUUCAUCCAGUUUGAAGACCAGAACUUUGCGCUCUUCAACUUUGUAAAUGAGCAGAACAAUGAGGCAGAGGCGCUAAGAGAUCAUAUCAGCAAGACAGAAGCAGAGAUACAGCGGUUUCGAGUAGCAGAUUUGCAACAAGAGCAGGAUCAUCGCUCUCGGCUCCGAGACAUUGCGGAGCAACUACAGGAAAGCGAGUCUCAAGCUGAAGACUAUGAAGACAAAGUCAACAUCAUAAACAAAAUCCUGGACCAGAUUAAAACAGGCGUGAACAGCAUCUUCUCUCAAAUGGAUUGGGACCGCUCAGUGAUCGAGGACAUACUGGGCUCCUCCACAGGGAUCAGUGAGAACAACAUCAUGUCCUACUUGGGUCUGGUGGAACAGAAGACCAACGAGCUGCUCACCAUACAAGCUUUCCUCAAUUCUAAAGAUCUAGAAAAGGAGUACAACCCAAAAGACCUGGCUACAUUCCUUUUGGGUCAAAAUCCAGAACUGCUUCAGCAGAGUGUUAGCGUCCAACCUCCAAUCAACAGUGCGGAACAUGACGCUGAAGACUCUCCUGUCACUGAUGAGGAAGAACGACCACUGUCACAGGGAGAACUUCGCCAAAGAAUAUUAAAAGCGAUUUUGCAGAAAGAGAGUUCAGCUCGGCAGGCAGCAACCAAAGCCUCAAAGAUCAGCCAGCAGCUGGAUGGCAGACAACGCUCGCUGGAGGACGCACUGAUCUGACACACUGACCUGAUGUUUGAAAUGGGGUCCUCGCCAUCUGCAUCUGAAGGGCUUGCUUUUAUCGUUCAGCAUAAUAUAGAUCCAGGAAGGCCAUCGCCGCUGAUGGAACCGGCCUGUUUGCUUAUUUUUAAAUGUUGCAGCUUGCACAUGUAAACAUUUAAAGCUUAAUUAUGUUAUGUAUGUCCCAUUUUAUGAUGAAUCAUUAGCGUGGCCUUUUACAAUGCCUGUUUGUUGGUGUGAUUUGUUUUGUUGGAACUAAUUAGGUCUGGAGCUAUAAAGAUGCCAUUUCAGAUGCUGGUGACCAGCUGUCCUUUUGAUGUGGGACUUGCCAUCUGGCUUUGACUCUUCAGUCUGGUUGCAGGACAACCUCCCGCACUGGCGGUGUUUCAUUACAUGGUAGUUGCUGCUAUGCUCAAACGGAAAGGUUGGGGGCAGCAGAACCUUUUGUAAUUCUAAUUGGCAUGCUGAGCCCUUGAGUCCUGUUUCCAAAAAGGACAUGAGCAUUUAACGCUUGACAGUACAAACGGAUUCUUAACAAUUUUGUGUUGCUGUAAUAAUGCAGAUUUUUCUCAGAUGUGUUAUGCUGAAUCACGCUCACUUAUUCAUAUUUAUGUGACCAAUUUGUAGAGCAGGCUUGCCACAUUAUCUUCUUCACAUGUACCAGUAAUAUCAGAAGUGUCUGUAUCUUUUUUUCCGUCAGUGUGGCUUGUAAUGUGCAAAGAUUAAAAAAACUUCACUUUGAUCCUCA